AAGUAUGCACUAUGUAGUGCACACGAGCAUUGACUUUGGACUUUGUUUCUUGGCGUUUACACAGAGUGGAAGCGAUAACGAGUAUAAUGAUGAUGUUGGUGAUGAUGAUAUGUAUAUAUAUAAUCGUGUGCCUUACUUCAAUCUUAACAUGGAGGAAACAAACGUCUCAAUUGCCGAUUCAAAUGUUGACAAAAUGGUAGUAAACGCGACGACUCCUCAACCUCAUAACCCUCAAUUUCUACUAGCUUCUCGAUCACCGUUUUCGUAAAGCAUUUGGCUAUUUUGGUUGCGAAUUUGGUUGCUCAUGGGUAAAUUCUUCAAUAAAAGGAGAUUUCAUCUUUCUUCACCUGCUAAUCUGAUGCAUUUCUCUAAAUCUACUUCUUCGAAGAAUGCGAAUUUUUCAUCGACGUCUCCGUGUUCGUCUUCUUCUUCGCCGUGUGGGUCGUCGAUGAAUGGAGGGCUUUUUUCUCCGCAAUUGAAGAAGAGGCUUACCAGGCAGCGUAAACUCCGCCACCUGACAAUGGAGGACUUUUGUGCGCCGGAGGAAGAUGAUGCUAGUACUAGGUCAAAAUCGUUGCCAGUUUCCCCAACUUCCAAGUCAAAGUCGCCACAUAAGUUGCAGCAACACUGGUCCUUGUCGGCCGUACCCCAACCAUUGCCGCUUCCAAAUGAUGAAUUGCGGUUUCCGGCGGAAGCUAAUAGCAGAGGAGAUGGACGUUGCAGAUCGGAUAGAAUUCCGACGAACAGUAACAGUCGUGGUAUCUCAAUUUCAUCUAAAACUUCUACUUACCAUCGCCGGAAAUGUUAUCCUGAAGGCAUAAACGGCGAAAACGAUGGCGGUGGUAUCAGGUUAGAUGUUCCGGCUAGGAGUGCCCCUACCACCACCUCCACGAGCCCUACACUCAGCCCCAAAAGGUUCAGCACCGUCGAUAUAUUUGAUUCUGCGUUCGCUUUUCCUCGAGAAUUUAAUUUUUCUCCGCCAUCAACAAGACGAUCGCAACUCCACAGUCCGCCAUUACAGAGUCCUUACCGGAAUCCGUCAGUCCUUUUACUCAACAACAAAUCUCCGCCGGAAACUUCCAUGGCAAGGACAGAAAGCAACAACGCUAAUGUUUAUCCACUUCCCAGGCCUCCCGCACCUCCGAGACAUGUGGCUAGCCGUCAAUCAGAUGGGCAAUCGAUAAAAGGACAAUGGCAGAAAGGGAAACUCCUUGGUCGUGGAUCUUAUGGUAGCGUAUAUGAAGCAAUCAAUCGAGAAACUGGAAGUUUAUGCGCAAUGAAAGAAGUCGACAUCAUUCCAGACGACACCAAAUCAUCUGAAUGUAUACGUCAAUUAGAGCAGGAAAUAAGAGUUCUACGAACCUUAGAACAUCCAAACAUCGUACAGUAUCUUGGUUCUGAAAUCAUUGAGGAUCGAUUUUGCAUAUAUUUGGAGUAUGUUCACCCUGGCGCCAUUAACAAAUAUGUGAAAGAACACUGUGGAGCUUUAACAGAAUCUGUAGUUAGAAAUUUCACACGUCAUAUUCUCUCCGGAUUGGCUUACUUACACAGCAAGAAAACAGUUCACAGGGAUAUUAAAGGAGCAAAUUUGCUCGUUGAUGCAUCAGGGGUAGUGAAACUAGCAGAUUUUGGAUUGGCAAAACAUCUUUCUGCGCAUUCAAAUGAUCUUUCCUUAAAGGGUAGCCCACACUGGAUGGCUCCAGAGGUUUUGCAAGCUGUUCUUAGAAAAGAUGCAAAUAUGGAAGACACGUGUACCAUGGACAUUUGGAGCUUGGGGUGUACUAUAAUUGAAAUGGUCACUGGAAAACCUCCUUGGAAUGAGUUCAAUGCAGGGCAAGCGAUGUUCAACAUGUUAAAAAGAUCACCACCAAUACCCGAAUCUUUAUCAUCAGAAGGAAAAGAUUUUUUGAGAAGAUGUUUGCAAAGGAAUCCUGAAAAACGUUUAUCAGCUGCUUUGUUACUUGAACAUCCUUUUGUGCGAAACUCAUUUGAUCCAAAAUUUUCACUCUGUAAACAAGCAUUUUCUCGUUUGAGAUUGAAUGAAAUAUCAUUUAAUCCAAAAGAAUCACACGCACACCAUAAAGAUAUAAUGCAACACUCACAUUCACAUGGAAGAGCACGAAAACAUCCACAAGAGAGUUCACCAGCCACCCGCCAGUCUCCAAGGUCGACCCUUGAAGGUCUUCCAACUGUAUCUUUUCAUGACCAUUGGGGCGCUUCACAGAUCCCCAAUGGUGGUCGCGGGACAUAUUCUCUUCCAACCACUCCUAGCAGGGAGUCGUCAUAGUCUAGCUGUAUCUGGUGUUUUUUUUUUACUGUUGAUUAACAAAUUAGAAAUUUGAUUCAUUGUUAUAUCUUCACAUGCUAGUAUUUGAAUAGCAUUGUUACAAUGUAUAUUGUAUAUAUAUAAUUCUAUAAAUUUAUUUUUAUGUAAAAUUAUUGUAACAAAUAGUAUGACUUUUGUUGUGUUGUGAUGUGAU